UUCAUUUAAGAAUUUGCGUUCUUCGCGUUAAAAUUGUGACAUAUUAUAAUGUCAACCAAAACAUGUAGUUAUGUUUAAGUGACAAAUGGGACUGAACGUCUACGGUCUCUAUUGACCAUGUCUUCUGAAAAUCUGGAAAUCGUACACGAAGGAUGGUUGACAAAAUCACCUCCUGCAAAGAGAGUCUUGAAAGCAGUCAUGCGUAGAAAGAUGGUUUGUGUACGCCAUUGUGAAUGGCCAGGUCAAUAUUUCCUCGCUUAUUAUACAGAUAAAAGUCGCAGAAAGAUGAAGGGUCGAAUAGAUUUAGAUCAAUGUGAACAAGUUGAUGCCGGUUUAAGAUUUGAAGAUCGCAAAUCAAAAUAUCAUUACAUGUUUGAUAUAAAAACACCAAAAAGAACAUAUUAUUUGGCAGCAGAAUCAGAAGAAGAUAUGAAUAAAUGGGUUGAUUUUGUAUGUCAUGUUUGUGGACUUAAACCAUUCACAGUUGAUGAAAAUGCCGAUUUUGAAUGUCCAUCCGUCAAUAAUAUGUGUAGACCGUUUCCUCUUAGUGUCGAAGAACAUGAUGAAGAACAUUCAUCACCAGAUUCACCAACAAGCACAUCUUCUAGCCAUUACAUACCUAUAAGUGAAUGCAUAUCUGGAAAGCCAUUACUUCCAAUUCUUCCUCGUUCAACUAUAGAAGAGUCUUAUGAUUUACCUCGACGUAUAAGACCUCCACCACGUCUUUCAGAAUCACCUCCACCAAGUCCUGGUUCAGAAUCAGUUUUUACUGAUGAUGAAUCAAUAAAUGGUAGCACUAUGAGUCGGCCAUCUGUUAAUUGGCAAACGUUCCCUCGUUUAUCUCAAAACUCACCAGACUUGCCAGUUGCAGCCAAUAGAAGGUUUACCAAAAUAUUACCAGAAGGAUGUUUAACAGCACCUCCAAGGCCACCAAAACCAUCCCACCUGAUAGAAACUUCAACAAAAACCGAUAAAAUAGUUGAACCUUUAACAGGGGAUGAAACUUAUGACUUUCCAAGGUCCCAUCAAAUGACACCACCUCAAGCACAGCCCAGGACACAUCGUAGACAUUGUUAUUCAAAUGCUGCCCCAGGUCAAGUUUCUGGUAAUAUUUUCACUUAUGAUUUUGUGGAAGACUGUGGACCAAAAGUUGAAGAAGGUAAGACUGUGGAAUUAGAGUCUCCAAGUUUUAUAAAUUCACCUUCUGCAAUUGCCAACGUAAGUUCCGCUUCAUUAGAACAAACCCCUCCUGCUGUUAAUCGCCAGUUAAAGCCAGGCAGAAAGUUUUCGGAUACUUCUGCUGAACUCUCACCAUUGACUCCAUUAGCUAAUCCACCAAUUGUAAACCGAAGGCUAAAACCUACUCAAAUUAGAAAAAACCAAGAUUCCUUUUAUGAUACGACGACUAGUACUCUAAGAUUAUGUCCACCACCAAUGGGUAGUUUGAGCCGUCAAAAAUCUCGUAUAGGACCCAAUGUUGUUCCUACAAGUUUUGAACCUCGAAUCCAUAGGCGGCAUUCAGCAUCUGAUGAUCGACUAGCUUCAGACAAAGUAUCCUCAUAUCAAAUCAACAAGAUUUCAUCAAACUCACGAUAUCUAGCUGAAGCAAGUCGUUUCAAUGAUAUUCAAUAUUUAGAUCUAGAAUUUGAAUCUUGUGACAAACAAUAUGCAGUAGGUAAUAGAACAAAUGCAAAGGCCACCACCAAGAAAAAACAGUGUAAUGUAGGCAGUCAAUUCACUUUGGUAAUGCAUGACUAUUCCAUGAUUGAUGGUGCAUACCCAUACAAAACUGUAGAUUUUUUGAAAACUGCUGCUUUGUCAAUGACUAGAAAACGUGCUGAGCAAGAACGACGAUUUGGUAGACAAAACAUGGUAAAUUAAAUGUUUUUAGGGUGCUUAAUUAUGAUCAUAAAAUGCUUAACUUGUCACAUAUUUUAAAGUAAGUUUAAGCAAUAAUUGAGCGACUAUUGGCUCUUGACAUUUACAUAUCUUAGAUCAAUUAGACCUUUCAUUUAUAGUUCUUAUAAAACUCAGGGCUUUCAUGUUCAAACUAUACGAAAUUAUAUUCAUACAUUAAUAUUAUCUAUAUGUUAAAUUAUUUACUAUAAUUUAUAAAUAAUCCAUAAAUACUAAUUAAAAACCAAUAUUUUUUCCAUUUUUCUAUACCAAUUAAAAUGUUAGGACGUACAAUUUUAGUUCAUAUUAAAUAGUUCUAAAGUGCAUAUCAUCAUUAAUUAUUAUAAAUUACCUAUUUAAUCUAAGAACAGAAAACUAAUUUACGCAAGGAACAUAGAAUGUUACAUAAAAAAAAUAAAGUGUCACUAUACUCAUUAAAUUAAUAUCUUGUUACAUUAUCAUCUAAUACUUAAACCUUGGAAUAUCUUAAAAGAGAAAUAUUUGUUAAAUAUUGUCAAUUAAUUAAUGUACAAAUGAUCAAAUGAUAUCAAAAUUUAAUAUAACUGGGUAUUCUUUUAUUAGAUAAUAAAAUCAAUUUAAUAGUUCUUGAAAGUAUGCACAUUAAACAAGUUGCUAUAGAAAUUAUAAAUUGUCAGUACAUUAUGAAUAAACAUAUCUCUAUGAACUGGUUCAUUUACAUGUUUGUGAUAAACAAUAAUAUUAGAUACUACAUGCACAUCAACAUAUUCAAUAAUUUGAUUAGGGUUUGCCAUUUUAGAUAGGUCUAAUCAUUUAUCAUAUUAGCUUAUAAUUCAGAUUUUGUUCUAAUAUUUAUUUUCAUAUGAAUUCUAAUAAGUAGAACUACAUAUUUGAUAUUUGUGUGUGACUUAAGGAAUCUUAACUUAAUACUUAAUAUUCUGUAACUUAACUGACAUAAAACCUAUAUUACUCAAAGUAAUGCGUAAUGUAUCUAAACUAACAGCUACAUUAAAUUAUUUCAAUUAUUAUUUUUAUUGAAGACUAAAUGUAUACAUUUUUAUAAAUUGAUAUGAUCAAAACUUCAAGUAAUGUUGUUGAUCUCCUUCUCGUUUAUAUAAAAUGUAAUUUAUUUUUUUUAAUACUGUUUAUUCCCUAACUAUUAAGUGAGUCGCCCAAUAUUAAAUUUUUUAAGGAAAUUAAACCAAAACUAUUUUGUAAAAUGUUUAUACAAAUUUGUUAUGAUUUUUAGGUGAAUUUAUGUUUUUCAUUGAAUUUUAAUGUAUGUGUACACAUUUAAUAUACAUUUGUUUAUGAUUUAUUAUAUAAUUAUUAAUAUUUUGGCUAAUGUGACCUCAAAUUGAAUUACUCUUGUAAUCUUGUUAUCCAUUUUUAAUAUAAGACAAUCUCAUUACAAAUAUUUAUGCAUUAUUUUGAUUAUGUUUACUUAUACCAUAGUCAAAUUAUAAUUAUUAUUUUAUUUAUUAUAUUUAUACACAAUUUAAAAUGUUUAAUUACCUAAUAUGUUCAUUAUUUUUAUAACAUUUAUAUAAUACUAUUAAAAAUCAAUACCUUAAUGAGAUUAGGCUAAAUUAAAUAGCCUAAGUUAUUUUCUGAUAUAUUUAGACUGUUAAAACUAUAUAUUUUUUAAAGUUUAUACGUAUUAUUAUUUUUAUUAAAAUUACCAAAAAAAAUAUAUAUAUUAUAUUGAUAUUAAAUUUUAUUUUAUAUUGCCAA